AUGUCGGUUGACAAGAUGGACGCGUUUGAUCGGAACAAAGAUAAUUGGGCGACGUAUAUAGACAGGCUGGAACAGUAUUUUAUAGUAAAUGAUGUGCAAGAUGACCGCAAAGUACCAUUAUUAAUUACCGCGAUGGGAGCAGAUAGCUACGAUUUAUUAGUGACCUUGUGUACUCCGACUAAGCCAUCAGAAAAAACCUACAAUGAACUUGUCAAACUUAUGUCAAGUCAUCUGCAGCCGCGGCCGAGUGUUUUAGCGGAAAGAUAUAAAUUUCGUCAACGCAAGCAGUCGAAAAAUGAAUCGAUAGCGGAUUUUAUUGCGGACUUGCAAAAGCUAACUAAAUAUUGUGAGUUUGGUACGUGGUUGGAUGACAGCUUGCGAGAUCAAUUUGUGUGUGGAUUGUAUAAUGAGACUAUUCGAAUGCGGUUAUUUACGGAAAAAGACCUGAAGUUUGCUAAGGCUAAGGGAUUAGCAAUAGCGAUGGAGGCAGCAGAGGUUAAUGCGGCAGCGGUAGAAAGUCGAGGUCGGUCAUCAGGAAAUGACGCCACGACGCCAUGUUUUUCUAUAAGCAACGACAAGCAUUAAAAUUUCAAGACGCCAUUACGGAACACACGAAGUUAUCCGAAAAGCGACGAGCAAACCAAAGUAGUUCGCAACGAAGUUAACCGAUGGAGGCCGAACGGACAGCGGCCGAACAAUAGUUACCGGGGACCUGUGACGUCGAGAUCAGCUGACGGCAACCGCGCGCAAGUAGGUCAAGGACAAGGGACGUGCUCAGCGUGUGGUGGUGCGCAUGCGGCUCAGACGUGCAAAUUUCGACUUUAUGUAUGCCGUGUUUGUAAUCAAGACGGACACUUGAAAAAAUGUGCCCGAGGUUGACGAAAGUUAACUACGUUGAGGAUGAGUAUUCGGAAGAGGAAACAUAUGACUUAGAGGUAAAUCUUUCCUUUGUAAAAGAAGAUAAUUUCAGUAAAUAUAAACCCUAUUAUGUGACCCUAAAUGUUAACAAUCACGAUAUUAAGAUGGAGAUUGACACGGGUAGUGCUAUAAGUUGUAUUAGUCCAAAAGUUUAUGAAAAAUAUUUUUCUAAUUGUGAGCUUAAACCGGGUCACCUAAUAUUAAGAUAUUAUUCGGGGGAGAAAGUUCGUCCGUUGGGUAGAUUGAAGCCACUAAUUAAGUAUAAGGAUCGCUCAAUGCCGCUCGAUUUGUUUGUUAUAGAGGAUGGUAAAACUAAUUUACUAGGCAGACAAUGGUCAGUUGAGUUAGGAAUUAUUAAGGUUUCGUUCGAGUCAGACUUGAUUAAUUAUGUAAAAACAUCGAGAGAUUUUAAUUUGUCAAAUUUCAGUUCCAGGUUUAAGAGUGUGUUCUCGGAGGGCCUGGGGAGGUACAACGGCGGGCUAGUGUCACUGCGAGUGCGGUCGGACGCGCAUCCCGUGUUUCUACGCGCGCGCCCCCUGGCGUACGCGCUGCGCGAGCCGGUGGAGCGCGAGCUGGAGCGGCUGGGGCGCGACGGCGUCAUCACGCCCGUCGAGACCUCCGAGUGGGCGACACCUAUCGUACCGGUGGUCAAGUCUGACGGAACUAUACGCAUCUGCGGAGAUUACAAGAUAAGUCUUAAUAAACAUUUAGAUGUGGACCGUUUUCCUUUGCCUAGGGUCGAAGAUUUGUUUACAAAAUUGCA